AGAAAUUGGUAAUGAAGAAGGCACAAAAGCUACUGAUAAAUCAGUUGGAGCAUCUAAAAAUGGAAAAAAUAAGGAUAAGGGUGAAAGUCAAGCUACUGUUCCAAGAAACCAAGAAAAAUCUUCAUCAAUGCCGAAGCCUCCCACAAAGUUAAUUGAAAGAAACGCACAGUGCAAAGAAUUGGUUACAGAGAAGAAGAGUUCCAGUCAGACUUCUAACCACAGAGAUUCUAGAUCGCCAUCAAAAAAAUUGAGUUCCAGUCAGACUUCUAACCACAGAGAGUCUAGAUCGCCAUCAAAAAAAUUGAAGUCUACAAAUACAUUGAAGUCCACAACAAGACCAUCUACCAGGCAAGAAUCACCACCAUUUCGUCAGAAGUCAAGAUCUCGAUCACCACUUAUCACACAGAGGUCCAGAUCAAGAUCAAGAUCCCCACCAUUAUCUCAGAGGUCAAGAUCUAGAUCUCCAUCAAACAAUCAGACAUGGAGAUCUAGAUCAAGAAGCUAUUCACCGCCGACAGAUAUUUUUUCAAAACUAAAAUCUAUUUAUUCCUAUUCGUCCAAGUCCACAACAAGAUCACCAACAACACAGAAUCCAUCACAAAGAAAACCGUCAAACACAACUCAAAAAUCCACAAGACCUUCAAUAGAGGAGAUAUUACAAGAAUUGAAAAAAAGAUCCUCACAUAGUCUCCAUACUCAGAAAUCAAAAUCUAGUGAAGAUAGGUCACAUUCAACAGGGAACAGUCAAGGGUCUAGAUCUUCCUCACCUCUUGAGGAUUAUCUACUGCCAAGCUCACAAUCUCAACCACAGAGAGUUUCUACCAACAACAACAGAGCAAGGUCUAGAUCACCACUAGAGGAUUGGCAGUCAUUCAGCAGCAACAUAAGCUCAAGGUCUCAUGUCAGGGAAAAUACUUCAACACCAGCUGCAAAAAAUAUACCAUCUGGCAGAAAGACGAGUAACAAUUCAGAGACAUUUCCAAUGUCUGAUGAACGUUUCCAGAGAAGAGUAUUGUUUUUACUAACAGAAACAAGAGACCUGCUGAAAAAAAAUCAGUGUGCCACAACUGCACAGACACACUGUGAACUUGAAAGGGCGGAAACCUUAGAAGAAUUUUUUGAAUUGGAAAAUGCCUUGGAUGAUGUAGCUCAGCAGACAAGAUUGACAGAAUAUUUGAGAAGAAUUGGAGGUGCUGGAAGCAGUGACCUAAUGAAGAAAGCCAUGACAAGAAUGAUGUCAAACAUUGUCAUGGCAAGAAUGAACCUAAAAGGGAAAAAGAAUAAGAUAGCUUUCCUAAAAACAAAGCUUUACAAAGUGAUCUCAGGAUGCGUAAUGAUGGUGUAUCCUGAGAUCACAGAAACUAAAGUAAAGGAAGAUAUUGGGAAGUUUUUAAAAUAUGCCCCCGGGAGAGCUGGAGGAGGGGGAAGGACCAGCAAUGAUUAA